AUGAUGAUCCAAAUUCGCACUGCGUUGGAGAAAGUUGCUCUGGCUGUGUGUUUUAAGGAUAAAAGAUUGUAUGUGGCAAAUGAUAACCAUGCUGUGCAGGCAUAUACAUUCCCAGCAUUUGAUAAAGAUGGUAUUGUUACAAGGUUUACUGCUCCAGUUACCCAAAUUAUGUCUUCAUCCAAAAUUGAGGCCCUGGGAUGUUGCUCGGAAAAUAUGGAGGCAAAAAUUUGCAACCUAGAUGGUGGAGCACCAUUAUUUGUUAUGACAGAACACAAAGGCCCUGUACUUAGUGUUGCAAUAUGCCCUCAUAUGAAAUAUGCUGCGACAGCUUGUGGAGAUGGUGCUUUAAGAAUAUGGGAUAUUGACACACAGAAAGUUGUAAAAGAAGUUUCAUGUGUGCCUAAAAUAAACACAUUCUUUGCAGCUAAAGUUUUAUGUAGGAUAAGUUUUGAACCAUCAGAUGGAAAGUAUUUGGCAUAUCCUAAUAAUAGAGAAGUUAUAUUAUUGGAUUCUGAAAAUUGGGGGCAGAGAAUGUCAUUCACCCAUACUUUGAUAAAAUGUGCAAUAUCACACUGCUUAUUUUCACCGUGUGGUAAAUACUUGGCUGCAAGCACUGUGGCUGGUCAAAUAGCCGUUUGGGAAGUUGAGAAUGGCUCAUGUAUAGGUUUAAUUGAGCAUCCUACAUCACAUAAUGUAUCAGCUAUGGCAUGGAAACCAAAUGGUAAUGGUGUCCUUGUGUACUGUGAUGUAGCUGGCCAACUAGGAAUGUUAGUUAACUGUUUUGGGAGGGAGAGCAGUAAACCUGAGGCAGGUGGUGUGUCUGAAGAUAUAGAAAUGGUUGAGAAAGACGAUGACAACGAUGACCUGGUCAACAACCUCAUCACCAACUAUGAGAGCGACGACGACGCUAUCUCGUUGGAGAGGAUGAAGAACGAGACGUUUGGCGUGCGGGCGCAGGGUGCGGAGGGGGAGGGGUCGCGGCCCGAAUCGCGCCAGCUCGCCGCGCACCCCGCCUCGGUGCCCCCACAGCCGCCCUUCCAGCCGUCCUCCACGCCCGCACAUUUGGAGCACAGGUAUAUGUGUUGGAAUGAUGUUGGCAUAGUAAGAUGUCAUACUGGAGAAAAUGGCGAGUCCAGCAUAGAUAUUGAGUUUCACGACACAAACUUGCAUCAUGGAAUCCAUUUAAAUAACUACCUUAACCACACAAUGGCCAGUUUGUCUACAUCUGUAUUGGCUCUGGCCUGUGAAACUCCAAGCAAGUUAGUGUGCAUAUCACUUGUGGGCAGUAGCAAGGAGUGGAGCGUAUCAAUGCCGGAUACUGAGGAGAUUCUAUGUGUGACUGCGACUUCCGGCCUCGUGGGCUGCGCUACCAACGCGCGCCUUCUAAGGCUCUUCACUCCCAUGGGCACCCAGAGGCAGGUAAUAUCUUUAUCGGGUCCAGUUGUAGCUUUAUCUGGAUUCAAUACUACAAUUGUUGCAGCGUACCAUGUAACUGAUCCUGGCAUUUCAGACCAACAUCUUGCUAUGGACAUAAUAGCAGUCAAUGGUAGGCAAGUUCGAUGCAAAACAGUGCAACUGCCGCUCACCCCAAGCGCCAGAUUGGCAUGGAUUGGCACAACUGAUGCAGGUUCUCCAUGCACUUACGACAAUACAGGCGUCCUGAGGCUGUACGACGUCGCCAGCGGACUGUGGAUGCCCAUAUGCGACACGAGCACACAUUCUAAAGGGGUUUCCGAUACGUGGUUUAUAGUUUCGAUCAGCGAACCGACGCAGGCGGUACGGGCCAUUUUGUGCAGAGGAACCUCUUUUCCUGUCACAGUGCCCAAACCAAUUGUCACAGAACUACCUAUUCAAAUCCCUCUCUGCGAGCUGGACACUGAGAAGGGGCAGUACGAGGAGCAGCUGGUGCGCUGGGCGCAUACCACCGCUGACGUGGACGUCAAGGCCGCACGGGAGACCGCCCUCAAACUGUUCGCGUUAGCCUGUCGCAGUGAAAUAGAGCAAAGAGCGCUAGAGCUGAUGGAACUACUCAAGGACGACAGACUACUACCGCUAGCAGCCAAAUACGCCUCGAGACUAGGGCGAAUCCACCUAGCAGAUAAAUUGGGUGAUCUUGCUGAGAAAUGGGAGAAAGAAGCCGAUAAACUGAAUGUGGCCCACAACUCUCACUUCCUAGAGCUGGAGUCACAAGAGACCUACGACGUCACGAACACACAGCAAGAGGAUCUGAACACAAGUCUUAUCAUUCCCCAGAAGGUGAAGAAGAAGGUCGAAAACGUCACGCCUAUCAAACCGGCUCCUAUAAAGUCGUCACCGGGCGGUGGAAGGAAUCCUUUUAGAAAACAACAGGAUUCCGCCAAAAAUGUUCAGAGCCCUCUAAGUUUGACUGAAAGGACCUUAGUGGAAGUACAUGCGACCAGCAACUCAACUGAAAAUAAGGACCCCCUCACGCCGCUCGAGGGCGAAACGUUCGUGGACUGGUUCUCGCGGAACAAGUGCUCGUUAGAGCAACAGCACUCAGACCUGACACCGGCGGAGCUGACGCGCCAGGGGAUCAGGACCUUCAAGAGCGUCCAGCUCAAAACUGGUGGCAACGGGGAGGGGGCCCAGAAGCGGAAACUCGACGACUCCACCGAAGCGGACCCUCCCGCCUCCAACGCCCCCAAGCAAUCGAAACUCAGCGCCUUUUCCUUCCAUAAAAAAUCG